CUUCCUCAAUAUCUCUGGAGUUUACAAGUGGAGAGAAGAAAAUGGAAUUCACUCUCCUUUAUUCAACUGAUUAUCCAAUGGUGAAGAGUUCGCUGAGUGUUGGCUGACAGUGUUGGGUUCUAUUGCUAGUGAUCCUGACAGUUGUCAUAAAGUUGUAUUUAUUAGAGCUGGACUCCAUGGCAUGAAUUCUCAAGUUGAUGAAAGAAUUUUUGAUAAAUUGUGGUCAGUAGAGCAUUGAUGCUGUCACUGCUAAUAAGGAAGAAAACACUUAUAAAUAUCUUCAUGCACAAAAAGUUGCCUUUUGAUGAAUAUGAGAGCAUAAUCAACAACACAGUCCUUGAGCUAAUACUAUACAAUGGACACAUAGGGACAAUACUUAACACACCCAUUUAUCCAGAGCUAUGCUCUUAUCUAAGCAGCCCACCCAUUAAAGAGAGAAAUCAGCUACAAAGUGCCAUUGAUGUUUUUUUGCUUGCUCAUUUAGUUCAGUGUAAAGAAGACGAAUUGUUUGAAAUUUUGUGUUUUCAUUCUCCCAGUGGACAUGUUGAGAGAGCUGUCCAUCAGUUGGAAGAUGAAGGAUUCCAUGAUGAUGCUAGUAAACUGCUUGAGAUGGUGUCUCAGAGAGGAACAGGGUCUGGUGCAUCAUUAAUGGGUGUUACCAGUGCUUUUAAGUCUUUAAAAGGAUGAUUUUUCAGUUAAAAAAUAUUUGUCAACAUAAGUAUACUUGUUACUAAAAGUAACAGCUCAUUUCCGCUCCUUUUUAAAGUAAUCUAUUUUGAGUUGGUUCCAGGCAAGUAUAUUUUGCAUUUUUGUACUGAGUAUUGUAAGCACAUAUAAGCUUCAUUGACGAUUAAUGAUUGUGCAGUUAAAUUGUGAUGAAUACAAACAGCAAAAAAUCAAAAUAAAUUCCAGCUAUGGAAUAAUUAUUAUUCUGAUUUGUGCUGAAUCAUCAUAAAUUUUAGGCUGAGCCCCUUUUUAGAUCUUUCUAGUUAUUAAUAAUUUUGAAGAGAACAAUGGCCCACUUUGCUAACACCUCUGCUAACACUGUUGCAGCUGACGAGUCAAAGGAAGAACUCAAUCCUAUUUCGUUUUCAACUGUUAAUACCGGUAGCAUACCUCAGGAGUUUGAAAGCGAGCCCGUAGAAAAACAAAUCCUUAUUCUAGGAGAGACCGGAGUGGGCAAAUCCUACCUGAUCAAUGCUUUGUUUGGUGCCACCAUUGAUGUCAAAGCACAAGUGUCCCGAGAUGUUAUAGCCCAAAGUCACGAGCCAAUUGUGAAGCAUACAGCUGAGGUGAUGUGUCAAAUUGAAGAAAAGAUAGCUUCCACUAAGUUCAUUAUCUAUGAUACAAGGGGCUUUGCUGAUCCAACACACAAGGACAAAGCACUCUUUAAGAAUUACUCCAAAGUGAUAGAUAUUGAUAAGUUAGAUGCUGUCUACAUUUGCCAUCGAAUCAGUGGAAGGUUCAACGACUCCUCUGUUCGUUUUGCUGAGCUUCUUGCCAAACACUUUCUUAAAGACAACGAAGUGAUUUGGAGCAAAUGCAUACUUGUGCUGACACAAGCUAAUCUUUUUGACCUCGAGAAAGACGACGAUGAAGAUGAAAUUGGUGAUAAUAACAUGCAUGCUGCUUUAAGGAUGCUGGAGUCAAUGAAGCAGUGGAGCUUAGCGUUUGAUGAGGCUCUCGUUCAAUUGGUUCCUAAAAAGAUUUACUUGCAGAUACCAGUUUGUGUUGCAGGAUCCAAGCGUAAUGUCAAAUUACCCGUGACAGAUGACUGGAUUGAGGAGUUGCUUCAUGCCACUUUGCAAAAGUGCUACAACAAAGCCAGAGAAAUCAAGGCGAUCAAUCGUAGUAAGAGGGAUUCCAUUGGACGUAGCAUUAUUGCUGGGGGUGCAAUUGGUGCUGGAGUAGGUGCAACACUUCUUCCUGUGGUUGGCCUACCUUUUGGAUUGACCAUUGGAGCACUUAUAGGAUGGAAGUAUGGGGAAAAGAGUGCAGAAGAAGAGGCGACAAAGAAGAUUCAAGAGUUAAUGAAUAAAAACUAAUAUGACUACUCAGUGGACAAUAACCUCAUAAUUAUUUUUGUAUGUACAUGCACUAUUAAGAUUUCUACAUUAUAUUUUAAUAAUUAUUUAUUAUGAAACUUAUAAUCUUGCUAAAAUUAAAUUAAAUAGGUUUUUUGCUGAUUAUUUUGUUGAUAAUUUGAUCCUUUAUCUGUUCGUUCUUUUCAUUUUUGUUGUCCAUUGUAACUAGUUUUGUCUCUUAUGAUAAGUUACUUGAUUAG